AUGCCUUCGCAACGCCCCUACUUCCUCUCAUCCUUCAUCGCCGCUUUUCGCCAGCAGCCCACGCCGUCCGCCUCCAGCCAGGGCAGCGCCGGCAAGCAGCAGCACAGCACAUCGUCGGCAUCAAGCCCCGCUCAGCAGCAGCAGCAGCAGCAGCAGCAGCAGCAGCAGCAGCAGCAAGCGUCGUCGUCGUCGUCGUCGUCGUCGUCCGAGGGCUUUCGCGACGUGCUCGGCGCGGACAAGUGGUACAUUGGCGGGCGCACCGCCACGGGCGAGGAGCGCUUCUUCAAGCUCGGCGUGGUCCGCCGCGUGCGCAGCAACGACGGCCUAAGCCUGGACCGGCUGAGCCUGUAG